GAGUCAUAAGGCUAGAACGUAACAGAACCAGAAUGCAGGAGCAGAGAUACGGGUGCUUCGCCUGGUAUCGCUGAGAAAAACAAAAUUAUAAAGGCGUUGGAUUAACUGAAUCCGUAGAAAGGAAAUAUACAGGCUAAAGUAAAUCUUUCGGAAAUCAGAAUUCUGCAAUGAAUUUCCACUAGUGUCGUUAUUUCCCGAUCGAUGUCUGUGUGUUCUUUCCUAUUAAGAAUGGCGGAUAAGAAGAGGAGAACAACAAUCAAAAGGCAAGUCGCUUCUCUCAUUCUAUUUCUUUGCGUGUGGGCCCUCGGAUGCGAGACGGUUCGCUAUUCUGUGCCUGAGGAAAUGGAAAGCGGGUCCUUUGUGGCUAAUGUAGCAAAGGAUCUAGGGCUAGACCCGAAGAGACUGUCUGCUCGCAGGGCCCGUGUGGUUUCCGAAGGAAGCCGCCAGCAUUUCCAGCUAAACAGCAACACCGGGGACUUGUUUAUUAAAGAGAAAGUGGACAGAGAGGAAUUAUGCGGGGAAGCGGAGCCCUGCAUGGUGCAAUUUGAAAUAAUCCUGCAAAAUCCCUUACAAGCCUAUCCCGCUGAGAUAAGAGUUUAUGAUAUAAACGAUCAUUCUCCAGUAUUCUCAGACAAGGAAUUUAUUUUAAAAAUCCUGGAAACGUCUGACCCUGGGUCUCGAUUUCCCUUGGAAAAUGCCCAGGAUUUAGAUGUGGGAAACAACAGCCUCCGGAACUACAGCAUUAGCGAUAAUAAUGACUACUUCCAUAUUUAUACGCGGGUUCGGAGUGACGGCAGGAAAUUCGCAGAGCUGGUGCUAGAUAAACCACUGGACCGCGAGGAGCAGCCGGAGGUGAGUCUAGUGCUCACGGCCGUGGAUGGCGGCUCCCCCCCGAGGUCAGGCACAGCACAAAUCCGUGUCAUUGUCCUCGAUGCCAACGACAAUCCCCCUGUGUUCUCUCAGACCACUUACAAAGCUCGAGUUCUGGAAAACAGCCCCAAAGAUUAUCUGGUUGUCACUGUUUCUGCUACUGAUUUAGACGAGGGAAAUUAUGGGGAAGUAUCCUAUUUUUUUAGCCAGAAAUCCAAAGAAAACAGUAAAACCUUUCAUAUAAACCCAGUGACAGGGGAACUUCGACUCACAGGCCAAUUGGAUUUUGAAACGAUUGAAACAUAUGAGCUAGAUGUUCAGGCCACAGAUGGCGGGGGGCUGUUUUCCCACUCCAAAGUGCUUGUGGAGGUGCUGGAUGUGAAUGACAAUCCCCCGGAAGUUAAAGUAACGUCCCUCAUCAGCCCCAUACCUGAGGACUCCUCGCCUGUAACAGUGGUGGCGCUUUUCAGCGUCAGAGACCGGGACUCUGGGAACAACGGGAGAACAGUCUGCUCCAUAGAAGAUGAUCUUCCAUUUUCUUUGCAAACAACUUUCAAAAAUUCCUACUCUCUAGUGACUGAAUAUGUGCUUGACCGAGAGAAAGUAUCGGAGUAUAAUAUCACCAUCACAGCCAGGGAUUUGGGAACUCCCAGUCUCUCCACUGAGGAGAGAAUCGUCGUGAAAAUAUCCGACAUUAAUGACAAUUCCCCAGAGUUCAGUCAAACAUCAUACACUAUGUAUGUCCGAGAAAACAAUGGCCCAGCCGUCUUGAUAGGGAAGGUCAGCGCUUUUGAUUCGGACUCAGAGCAGAAUGCCAAAGUGACAUACUCUCUAUUGCCUGCUGAGGUAGGUGGCCUUCCGCUUCUCUCCUAUAUCUCCAUAAACUCGGAAAAUGGGAAUGUGUACGCUCUGAGAUCCAUGGAUUAUGAACAGAUAAAAGAGUUCCAGGUCACUGUGAGAGCUGCAGAUGGCGGGUCCCCUCCACUGAGCUCUGAAGUCAUUGUCCGAGUUGUGAUAACUGAUGAAAAUGACAACGCCCCCUUCAUUUUAUACCCUCUGCAGAACAGCAGCUCCCCCGCUAAUGACCUGGUUCCCAGAUCGGCGGGGGCGGGUUACCUGGUGACGAAGGUGGUGGCUGUGGAUAGGGAUUCCGGUCAGAAUUCUUGGCUUUCCUAUCACUUGUUGAAGGCCACUGACCCAGGUCUCUUCACUGUGGCUUCCCAAAAUGGUGAAAUAAGAACCACGAGGCUAAUAACAGACCGAGAUACGAUGAAGCAAAAACUCAUUGUGCUUGUUAGAGACAGCGGAGAAUUGCCCCUUUCUUCAUCUGCAACUCUGAACAUAGCUCUGGUGGAAGGCUUUUCGGACGCAUACAUGCAGUUUACAGAUGUAGCUGUGGAAGAGGAAGAGAAUGGCACAUUAACUCUGUACUUAAUAAUUUCCUUGUGUUUAGUAUCGUUUUGUUUUUUUAUUUCAGUGAUAAUAUUUAUAAUUAUCAAGCUUUAUAGAAGAAGGAAUUAUGGAGAAAAAUACAUGUCUGCUUCUGGCAAUUAUUGUGGUGAUAGCAACUUCCAGAAUAAUUUGGUAGAUGUAACGGGUAACGGAACUCUGUCUCACAGUUAUCGUUAUGAAGUCUGCUUAACAUCUGGAUCAGGAAACAGUGAAUUCAGAUUCCUCAGACCCAUUAUCUCCUCUCUUCCACCUCAGCAUGGCAAUGCUGGAACGGACUCUGGAAAAGAACAGGAUCUUCUUACUAACUUUGAUCUGACCAUGGACAUGAAAUCAGCGACCCAGCUACUUCGGAGAAGAAAGUAUGGAGGAACAUGCAUGUCUGCUUCUGGCAUUGUUGAUGGCGAUGGCAACUUCCAGAAUAAUUUGACGCGUAACGGAACUCUGUCUCAUAAUUAUCGUUAUGAAGUUUGUUUAACAUCUGGUUCGGGAACUAGCGAGUUCAAAUUCCUGAGACCUGUUAUCUCCUGUCUCCCAGCUCAGCACAGCAAUUCUGGAACGGAUUUAGUGAAAGAACAGGAUCUUGUUAUUAACUCGCAUCUGAAUAACGAAAUGGAAUCUGCCAGUCAGCAUGGCAUUGCUGGAACGGACUCUGGAAAAGAACAGGAUCUUCUUACUAACCUCCAGCUGAACACGGACGUGGAAUCAGCGAACCAGCAAGCUCAGCCUAACCCAGACUGGCGUUUCUCUCAGGCCCAGAGACCUGGAACCAGUGGCUCUCAGAAUGGAGAAGAAGGUGGAGCUUGGCCAAACAACCAGUUUGAUACGGAAAUGCUUCAAGCCAUGAUCUUGGCAUCAGCAAAUGAAGCAGCUGAUGGGAACUCUACUCUGGGAGGAGGAGCCGGCACUAUGGGCCUCAGCACCAGGUAUGGCCCUCAGUUCACACUGCAGCACGUCCCUGACUACAGGCAAAAUGUGUACAUCCCCGGCAGCACUGCCACCCUCUCCAACUCCUCAGGUAAACGAGAUGGGAAGAGCUCAGGCUCUUCAGGUGGAAACAAGAAGAAGUCUGGGAAGAAGGAGAAGAAGUAGAAUUGGCAGACCAUCAGCAGCUUAGACCUACAGGGCAGACCCCUCCAGCACUCCCCCAAAUCACAGCCUAGGAUAGAGGAUGAAUGUGAAUUUUGUGAUGAAAAAGCAGGAAACACUACGAAUGUAUGUCAUCAUCAGAGCUAGGAGUAGGGGCUCCUACUAUUAGUCCUCAUGAUGAAAAAUAAUUGGAAACGAAACAAAACAAAACAAAAAAAACAAGUGCCCUGUUAAUACUAACUCAUAUUUUAUACUAUCACUUGGGUAAUUUAAUGUGCAAUGAUGUAAAAUCUUUUAAACAUGUCUUUGGAUUUGGUUUGCUCCAGAAUGGUCCAAGAAAGCCAUGAGGCUUGUUCUUGGCUUUGCCCAGUGUAAAUAAUUGUAACAUGGAUUUUUUUUUAUUUAUAUACUUUAGAUCAUUUUCAAAAAGAAAAAGUUCCCCAAAUUAGAACCCAUGUUCCAGAUUUUGAUAUUUAACUUUCCAUUAGUGAAUCUGACCCUGAGGAACCUUGAAAUGGAUUCCUAGUUACGAAGUUGGUAGGGAGUGCUUCAGUUCCUGUUUACCUGUUGUCCUAAAAGAAAUAAGUGUUUACACUGCAUGAGCCGAUGGGAAUAAGGCUAAGAUGCAUUUUAAACAUUAAUUUUUUUUAAGUGUGACCAGUGAUGGCCUGAAAUAUGAAACAAAAAUCAUGAUGUCUGAGAGACAGGGAAUGCAUUCAAUCUGCAGUGGAAAAGAUCUAAGUGCAGAGCAUGCCACUAGCAUUAUUGAGCUAUACAAAACCUGUCCAUAUUGAUUUAGAGGCCUCUAAAGAACAAAUUCAUCUCCUCAAUUCUUUGCAGUAAAUAUUUAUAUGUACAGUUAAUGUUUUCCUGGAACUAAAGUUAAGAAAGUCUAAGUCCCCUGCUGUGAGAACAAGGAGCUGCAGCUCCUUAAAGCAAUGAAAGGCUUAGCUAAGCAAGGAAUGAUAUUAUCAGAGAAUAAACUCUGAUCUAUUUGUAUGGAAUAGAGACUGAAUGCUUCACAUUUCUGCACAUUGAACUGCAUGCAAAAUACUCACCUCACAUCUACAGUAGGACAGCUAACUCUACCAGAUCUAGGGAAGUCAUCAUUGCAUGCAUGUACAGCAUGGUGUAAAUACACUGUGAGAUAAGUGAGUCUCAGUGCCGGCCAAGCAGUGUCUCUCUGGGAGUGGGGUUCAGUAAUAAGUGGCACAAUGUGUUAUAAAGAGUCAUUGCUCUGGCCAAGAGCAGUGAUGAGAUUUGCACAUUCCAUGUCUAUGCAGAGCAGCCAAGGACAGCCUUUGUUCAUUAGCCUUCAGAACUGGAUACUCAGUAACUGACAGUUGAUUUGAUGGGACCAAGGGACCAUACUCACAAAUAAGGGACCCAAGAACUGGAGCUGAGCACAUGCCACUGACUGCAAAGCCAGUGGGCCUGAGAGCUGCUCUGGAGAUGCUCACAGGAGGGCCAAGGUCAGUCAGGUGACCAAGAGGAAGGAUACUGCCGGAACACACACUCAUUCCAGUCCAAACUGUAGCUGUACACAAGCAAUUAGAUGUGACUCAAAAUCCACUGGAUUUAGUCAGAAAUAUGGACAAGACUUUGCCUUGUUUUUGGUACCACUGGUAUUGGGAUUUUUACCACAUUGAUAGAAUAGGAUUGUCAGGAAGUAGGGUCUCUCCACUAUGUGCCCUUUGUAACUAUGUACUCUGCUCACUGUUGGUCCAGACACAGCAAAGAGAGAGCGUGCAGUGUGCCCUUAGCAUCAAGUCAGCUUGGCAUCGAGUCUCCACAAGCACCUAGUCAGUGAGGAAGGCUGUAUUGAACCCUUAAGCCCCUCUUUAGCUAGAGAAGGGAGAUGCCCUUUACACUGGGCCAGCUUCCUAUAUCAAAGUAAGUGGAACAGACCUGGGAAGGCAAAGGCAAAGAUACAGGGAUAGCUAUGCCAGGAUUGUUUUAAUUUCUAAUGAAUAACUCAUCUGAGAAGAUCCAGCCUUCUAUGAUCACUCAGAUUAAACUUUCUCCAAGCAGCCAGGGUGCUUGCCUGGCCUGACGCAGCACAGCGUCCGGCAGUAUUCACCAGAGCAUUGUGCACUAACUGAUGCCUCGUUAGCCAAUUGCUAUCUCCUUGUGUCUAGAGAAACAGGACUUGUCUAUGCGAAGAACUUGUCUGUGUAUGAUUUUUGUACUGAUCCCAGUCACCCUCUGCGGUGGCUGCACUAGAAACAGUUUACACAGUUAGUAAGGCUUAUACAGACUAAUGUAGUUAUUAUGUGACCCUUCUAGAAGUACUGUAGAUGAAUUGUAGUGUUUAUAUUUCCUUUUAAUCAGCAAUCUGAGUUAGUGUAGAGAGUGUUUUGUACUAGUGGUGUGUUACUUUUAUCUCAGUAAAUAACUUGUGGACAUCAGUAUUUUCAAUUUCUCUUUAUCUUCUUUCUGUGUGAUCUGUGCUCUAAGUGUAUGUGAAAUGAAACACACUCGUCCUUUCAAUGUGUCUAAUAUUGAAUUAUACUUAUAUAUUAUAUAAAUGCUUAUAUCCUCUUAUAUCCAUAUAGACCAAUGUUCAAUGUGCUACACGCAAGUUUUAUACUCUAAUAUUUAUAUUGCUUUUUUUCUUUGGGAAAAAAUAAUAAAAUGGUUUCUUCUGAA